UACAGGGCUGCGUUUGGGCGCCAAAAAGCGACGAUAAAAAAAAAACAUACGAUGUUUUAUUAAAGGACGUGGCCCAUUGGAAAACACCCGAUGACGUAUUUCUGUGGCGACGGGCGGGAAGCAGACGCGACAGCGGCGACACGGCUCCUCGUGUCUGUGAGAGCCCGUCUUAUUCUCAUGUGGACGAGGAGCUCGGUUCCUCAAGCACAGCCAACACGCACAGACAUGAAGAUAGUCAGCUGGAAUAUUAAUGGUAUAAGGACGUUCAAGGCCGGGAUAAAGAAAUCCCUGGAUGCUCUGGACGCGGAUAUCAUCUGUUUACAAGAAACGAAAGUGACAAGAGAGCUGCUGGACGAGAGGACGGCGAUCGUGGAGGGGUACAACUCCUACUUCAGCUUCAGCAAGGGCCGCAGUGGCUAUUCAGGGGUGGCAACCUUCUGCAAAGACAAUGCCACUCCAUUCGCCGCGGAGGAGGGACUGACAGGUCUGCUGACAAAUCACAGCGGGGCAGUGGGCUGCUAUGGCGACCAGGCGGAGUUCUCUGAUGAGGAACUGCAGACGCUGGACAGUGAGGGCCGAGCCAUCAUCACGCAGCACAGAAUCGUCUGUGGGGAAAGAGAGGAGACUCUGACGGUUCUGAACGUGUACUGCCCGCGUGCCGACCCGGAAAAGCCCGAGCGCAGACUCUUCAAGCUGCGCUUCUAUCAGCUGCUGCAGAUCCGCGCGGAGGCCAUCCUGGGAGCCGGGGGCCAUGUGAUUGUCCUGGGAGACGUCAACACAUCCCACAGACCUAUAGACCACUGCGACCCUGAUGAUGUAGACGACUUCGACGAGAACCCCGGCCGGAAAUGGCUGGAUCACUUCCUUGCCGGGAGGAAUCCGGAGGAGGGGAAGGCGGGAGAGGAAGGGGAGGGGGCGGGGACGGAUUCCCGAGACGCCGCGGGCGGGACGCGAGGAGGCCGGUUUGUGGACACCUUCCGCCACUUCCACCCGGCGCGCUCCCACGCCUUCACCUGCUGGUCCACCGUGACCGGAGCCAGGCGGACCAACUACGGCACGCGCAUCGACUACAUCCUCGCCAGCCGGGGCCUGGCGGAGGCGGAAUUCCUGGAUUCGGACAUCCUGCCCGAGGUGGAGGGCUCCGACCACUGUCCGGUGCGCGGCCUCCUCCGCUGCGCCCUCCUGGCCAGCCCCCGAUGCCCGCCGCUGUGCACCAGACACAUGCCCGAGUUCAUGGGGCGCCAGCAGAAACUGUCCCGCUUCCUGGUCAAGGUGGGCCAGGCCGCGGCGGCGACGGCGGCUGACUCCCAGCUUCCUGGGUCCCAGGAAUCGGGGGAGGUCCGAGAAAAUCUCCCGCCCGCGGCGGAAACGGGGCGCGGCUCGGGGACGAAGAGGCGGCCGCUGGCUGAGCCCUCCGCCUCCAGGAACAAGAAAGCCAGAACCGCGACGUCCGGCCCCAGACAGCAGGGAAACCUGCUGGCCUUCUUCAGGCCCAGACCCACCGGUGCAGGCAGAGGCGCAACGGCAGCAGGAGACGGGGAUCCCCUGGGGGGGCGGCAGGACAGCCCAGCGAGGGUGGGGGGAACCCCAGAGGAAAGCGCAGCCGGCAGCACCACCGCCACGCGGGCGCCCGAGAGCAGUGGUGUGGUGCCGUCCGUCCAGCCUGCCGGACAAGACGUCUCUCCCAGGGGGAAUGGUUUGAGUCUCAGGAGAUCUCCAAAGGAAAACGAGCUCUCGUUGCCGGGAUCAGCUCAGCCAGACGGACCCGUGCCUGAGGUGGAGGAGGAGGAGGAAGAGGAAGAGGAGGAGGGAGGCAGGGCUUCUCAAAAGCCUCAGCACAGGGACGGGGAAGAGCCGCAGCGGUUCUGGAAAUCGGUACUGAGGGGGCCUCCCACCCCCCCCAGCUGCAAAGCGCACGGGGAGCCCUGCGUGCUGCGCACCGUCAAGAAGCCCGGGCCCAAUCUGGGGCGCCAGUUCUUCGUCUGCAACCGCCCCCAGGGCCACGCCUCGAACCCUGACGCCCGCUGCAACUUCUUCACCUGGGUGGCCAAGGGCAGGUGACCGGCCGGCACUGGGAACGACGGCGCGGGAGGUGGCGGAUCGCUCUCGUCUCUCUUCCUGCAGUGCAUCGCAGCCGGGAUUUUUGGGGUCCUCUGCUCCCCAGUUUCGAUGGCUCAGCCUUGCCUGCCCAGGGUUACCCCUCCGAGAGUUGGGGGCGUAGGACAGGACUGCACAUAAUUAUUCCCGGGGAUCUGCAGCUCUGAUGAGUGUACUGAUGGCUCCUGCCCCCUGCUGGAUUCUGCAGGUAGGCAGGACUGCUGGGAAAGUGCCAGAGGGUCACUCUGGACACAUCGCACUGCGGGGAGCGUACGAGGCGCAGGUGCUGGGGCAGUACAGCGCCUGCUGGCAGGUGGGAGGAAUCGGGAUGGACCCGCUGGACAGUGUCCACCCAGCAGCCUCGCGCUCUCUCUGGUCAUCGGUGUUGAUUACAGCACUGAAGGCAUCGACUCCUCCACUCGCCUGAAAAGGCUGCUGUGUUGAGUGGAGCCACACGGUCACUGUUUUACAUUUCUAACACUAAAUGUUUUGUAAAUAUUGAGUAUUUGUAGAGUUGUUGUAUUCCACUGUUUCAUUUUAAUGGUUAGUAAAAUAAAAACUGUAAUAAAUCAGCAUUGAUCA